AAAAAAAAAAACAUGUUACAUACAUGAAAGCCAAAAAACGCUCUAUUUUCCCCGGUACGUCAUUGAAUAUGGAGGCAAAGGAAGACUCCCAUUUAAGUAACGAGGCUUCUUGUAAUGACAAUUCAGAAGAUGACUGGGAAGCUGUUGCAGAUUGUGCUCCAGAUGAGAUACUGUUACCACAGGGAUUACUGAAUGUCUCCAGACUCACACUUGAAGAUAAAAAAGUUGAAACUCCGGUAAGGCGUGGCAGGGGCACCUUCUCGUACCAAAAAGAUGGCUUGUAUAGUGACGAACUUUUUGAUGGGCCCAUCGAUGAUAUUUCAGUAAAUAAAGAAGUGCCUUCUAGUUCUGAAGGACAGGAACAAACGAGAUAUUUGAAAUAUGGUACACGUCAUGUUCUUGUUAUGGAAGGCUUUCAACCAAGUAUGACUACGAGUGGACUGGAGAAUAUGUUGGAGAAGUUUAACUAUCACGAUGUUGUAAUACGCUGGGUCAAUGAUACCACUGCACUUGCCGUGUUUAGAACACCAGAAAUUGCUCUUGAGGCAUGUAAUUCAAUUAAGUGUCCAUUCAUGGUUCGUGUACUUGGGGAAAAUGAUGUCCUCAUAAGCUCCCUUCCAGAAAAAGAUUUGGAACCCCCUCGACAAAGGCCUAAAACAUCUGCCAGAACUGCUCAAAGGUUGAUUGCGCAGGGAAUGGGAGUGAAGUUGCCUUCCACAAGUUUUGGCAAAAAAGAACUCAAGGAACAAGAAGAAGCACGGAGGCAACGUAUAAUUUCUAGACAACAUCUAAAAGACGAUGCAUGGGGAGACUAAAUGCAUUGUGUUGUGUCAACUUCAAACAAGGCGGCCCGUUUGGUGGUCGCCUUUGCUCAUUACUGACUUCUGAGCUCUUCAAAGUCCAAAGGCUACCUUCUCCUUUCGGAAAUGGUUAAACUGUUUCAGAAUAGACGUGUUAGAUGAAUCAUUGGAAUAUUUUAAAAGGAAAUGUACUCGUUCUUGAUAUGACUCAUUAGUACAAAUAUUUCCUUGAUCCACCGUUGUGUCAGUUAAGAAUGGGCCAAAUGAAUGUAAGGAAUUUCUCAGUGAACAAUCUAUAUUUAAAUUAUAUUUAUAUAAUGUA